UUAGUGGCAGCAGAGAGGGAAGGAUGCUCGGGUCUGUGAUGUGAUUGGCUGUCCUCUGCAGCCUCCCGGCUCGCGGCUAUAUAACCCCCCCAGAGUCCCUCGGUGCGUCAGAGCGCAGCCGGAGCGGGUGGCGGACGGUCCUGACGCACAGCCGGUCCCUGUGGGAACUUUCACUGCUGGAAGGAAGCGAAGAACUCGGCACCAGGCCGAUGAGUGGGACUCUGCUGGAAUAUUGAUCGGGAAACUUAGAGCACUAACGCGGACAAACGGAGUCAGACCCCCGCUGCCACGCCCGGAGCCAGACCCAGUGUGUGGAUGUGUGUGACCAUGUGUGUGUGAGCGCCGUUAAGCGUGUGUUUUUUGCUUGAGUGACAGACAUCUUGCUGCGUGUGUGUGUGUGUGUGUGUGUGUGAGGAUGAGGGCCGCUCUGCUGUGUCUCCUGCUGGUCGCCCAGGUCGGAGCCUCGAGGUCGGUCCGCGACGCCCAGGGCACCCCCCAAGCUUCAGAACCGUCCAAGAACAACGCCUCUGUCCCGCGUCCGCCCCCGCAGCCACGAGGCUUCUUCCCCCCCAUGUGCAUCAAGCCUACGGAGAUCAAGUACGCCUUCAAGUACGUGAACACCAUCGUGUCCUGCCUGAUCUUUGUGGUGGGGAUCAUCGGCAACUCAACGCUGCUCAGGAUCAUUUAUAAGAACAAGUGCAUGAGGAACGGACCCAACGUCCUCAUCGGCAGCCUGGCUCUGGGGGACCUGCUUUAUAUCAUCAUCGCCAUUCCCAUCAAUGUGUUCAAGUUAAUAGCCGAGGACUGGCCGUUCGGCGUGUACGUCUGUAAGCUGAUGCCUUUCAUCCAGAAAGCUUCAGUGGGAAUCACCGUCCUCAGUCUGUGUGCCCUCAGUAUUGACCGCUACCACGCUGUGACGUCAUGGAGCAGGGUGAAGGGCAUGGGGAUCCCUCUGUGGAAAGCAGUGGAGGUGACUCUGAUCUGGCUGGUUGCCGUGGUGCUCGCGGUCCCCGAGGCGCUGGCAUUCGACAUGAUGGAGCUGUCGUACAGAGGCAACAAGAUGCGUGUGUGUCUGCUGCAUCCAGAACAGACAGGCAGCUUUAUGCAGUUCUACCAGGACGUGAAGGACUGGUGGCUGUUUGGCUUUUAUUUCUGCUUCCCACUGGCCUGCACAGCAAUCUUCUACACACUCAUGUCCUGCGAGAUGCUCAGUCGCAAAAAAGGCAUGCGCAUCGCACUCAACGACCACAUGAAACAGCGGAGGGAAGUAGCGAAGACGGUGUUCUGCCUCGUGUUGAUUUUCGCUCUCUGCUGGCUGCCCCUCCAUCUCAGCCGUAUUCUGAAGAACACAAUCUACGACCAAAAUGACCCCAACCGCUGCGAACUGCUCAGCUUCCUGUUAGUGAUGGAUUACAUCGGCAUCAACAUGGCCUCCCUAAACUCCUGCAUCAACCCCAUCGCCCUCUACUUUGUCAGCCAGAAGUUUAAAAACUGCUUCCAGUCCUGCCUGUGCUGCUGGUGCUACAGAACGUCUCCCCUGGAUGAGCGAGGUUCUGGAGGACGCUGGAAGGGCUCCUGUCACGGGAACGGUCUAGACCGCUCCAGUUCCCGUUCCAGUCAGAAAUACACAAGCUCCACAUGAACAACCACACACACACACACACGCACGCGCACACACACACACACACACACACACACACACAAACUCCUUCUGCCAAACCCAUGUGUCCAUCACGGAGGAACAGCUGCCACUGCCAACAGAUCAAUGAGGAAGGGGGGGGGGAGAUGGAGCCAGGUAGAAGUCACUCCUUCAGGACUCGUAGCGGACUGAAAGACUCCUACAUGACACGCCUACAUGAUUCUGUUCAUACUGGACGCUGAGGCUGGUGCUCAGCGGACUAAAAGUCUCGCAGUGGAC